AUGAGCUACAAGGAGUUUGUUCACUUGAAGUAUGCAUCUGAAAGGGCCAAGGCCGAAAUGGAAAGCAUGUCUGAAGACGGUGCCACUUUAGUUGAUGGCGAUAACACCAGACUAACAGCAGGCGACAACACUAACAAUAACAAUAAUGACGACUAUGCUAAUGAUGACUUCCCUGCUCAGGUUGUAUACAUUCCUGAUGAGCAUCAGUUCACCGAAGAUUCACAAACACUUAUUGAAGGAUCAUCGUCGUCAUCGUCAAAAGUUCACCGGCUCGGAGGUUCGAAGCUGAUGAAGAAGCGGACUUUAGAAUCCUCAGUACAGCAAAUACGUUACAACGAUAAUAAGUUAGCCUUGGAUAGAUCAAUUCAUCAGACCAUAGAACUUCUUUACGAGUUAUCUAGAGAGAAUGAACAAAGACCAGUGUUCUACCCUACCACUACGAUUAGCAGCGAGAAUAGUCAAAUGUUAAACUCCGCCAAAGCACAUUUGGCGUUCAUAAGAAAUAAAAAAGUUGAUGCCAAGAGUCUGAACGAUUUUAAGGUUGAACUUGAUUCGCUUCCCGAUUUCAAAGUGUUGCGUAUCAACGUUCAGUUGGACCGUCAUCCAUCCAAUAACGUUGUAGCAGAUUUGGACAAGAAGUCCAUUGCAAAGCUCUUACAGCUGAAGAUCCAACUGCAAGUGAAGUACUUACUCAAUUUGAAAGAUAGAAUCGAUGAUACGUCGUCCAAGGUAUUUGUUACUGGAGACUUGAACUCGGGGAAAUCCACCUUUUGUAAUGCCUUGUUAAGACGUAAAAUCUUACCGGAAGAUCAACAGCCGUGUACCUCUGUAUUCUGUGAGGUUAUAGAUGCUAAGAAGGAGAACCACGGUACUGAAGAAGUCCAUGCUAUCCCGAUAGGUAAGGAAUAUAGUGCUCGGGAUCAAACUACCUACGAAAUAUACCCUUUAAAGGCAUUGGAGGACUUGGUAGGUGAAUGUGACAAAUAUAGUUUAUUGAAAGUGUAUGUUUUGGAAGGCAGGAAAUUCCAUGAAAGCUUGUUGCACAAUGGAGUCAUUGAUAUUAAAUUGAUUGAUGCACCCGGUUUAAACAUGGACUCCUAUCAAACCACCCAAGUGUUUUCCAGACAAGAAGAAAUCGAUUUGGUUGUGUUUGUUGUCAGUGCUGAAAAUCAUUUCACUCUUUCAGCAAAGGAAUUUAUUUCCGCUGCUGCUGCUGAGAAGAGAUAUGUGUUUAUUGUGGUCAAUAAGUUUGAUAAUAUUCGUGAUAAGAACAAGUGCAUGAGUAAGAUCUUGGAGCAAGUCAAGAGUUUGUCCCCAGAUACAUACAAGAAUGCUCUGGAGUUUGUUCAUUUUGUUAGUGCUGAAGAUUUUGUUCCCCCUGAUGGUGAUGGUGAUGAUGAUGAUGAUGAUGACGGUGAUGAUGAUAAUAAUAAUAAUAAUAAUGACGAUCCUAAUUUUGACAACUUAGAAGCAUCAUUAAAGAAGUUUAUACUUGAAAAGAGAUCUAUUUCAAAGCUUUUACCAGCCAAAAGUUUCUUACUUAAUAUCUUGAAUGAUUUGGAAACAUUGUCUACCAUUAACGAGAAGAUCUACAUCCAAGAGAAAGAAGAGAACAUGGAAAAGUUGAGGACUUCUAUUGUGCCUAAGUAUAAUGAAGUUAUGAAAAAGAGUCAUAAAAUUGCCGAAGCCAUUACCACUGUGAUUGAAGAAACUUGUACCAAAGUUUAUGAUGAAACCAAACUUGAAAUCAUCGACACAACUGUCAAUUUCGGGGAUUCACCGGUUGUCCCCUUUGUUGGGUUCCAAUAUCUCUAUGAAUAUGCAAAGCAAACUCAGGUUGUGAUGAUUGAUAGCAUUCUAUCGUGUAUUCAAAAAUGUGAAGAAGAAACUAAAGUUGAAACCGAAAAGGUGGUCGACAGGAUCAUUCUGUUUGGGAAGAAUAAUUUAGGUGAUGAAUUUUUGCAGGACAAGGUAUUCAAAUCAGAUUUAAUGUUCACAAGAAAGAGAGAUACCAUCAAGAAACAAUUGGGAAGUCUGAUUUAUUUUAGUGAUUUUUUUGAUCCUAAUUGGGAAUCAUUCUUAGUAUGGCUUGGGAUUCCAAAGUCGUAUGUUCAAUCGACUCAAGAUCAUAUUAAUCAAUAUAAUCCUAUUGCAGCACUUGCUACUAUUCCAUCGAGCGUUCAAUCAUUAAAAAAUACCAUUUCUUCUCCAGUCACUUUACAAACCAUCUAUGCUUCAGGGAAGAUCCUUACAGCCGGUGCUGUUGUUAGGAAGGUUUAUGAUGCUUCCUAUUAUGUUACACCUUCUAAUUUGAAACAGAUUGCAACUCCUUUACUUCUUGGUGUUUCGAGUAUGGCCAUCAUCUAUUUGGUUUCAGAUAUGCCAAAUGCAUUCCCAAGAAACCAAGCCAAAAAGUUACGUAAACAAAUUGUGGACUUGGAUUAUGCUCAUGUUAAUGCCACCCGAAUGGCUCAAGAAUGUCGUCAAGUUUUGAAUUAUCCUUCAAGACAAGUGAUGAAUAAUUUCCAGACCACCAUUGACAAACGGUCUGUUGAAAAGGAAGAACUUGAAAGGGCAAUUAAGGAUUCGGAGUUAAGUUAUGGAUAUUUCCACGAUUUAUUAAGAAAGGUCCAAUCCCAGAAGCAAGAAGUUGAUGAUAUUGAUUUGGAAACCAUUCAUUCGGUUGAAUAA